AUGGCCGACCCGUUAUCCAUCGCCAGUGGCGUCGCUGGCCUUGUAUCCCUCGGCCUGACUCUCUGUGGCGGCCUGCACAAUUAUUUAAGCAGCGUCAAAGGCCGACAUCAAGACAUCGAGUCAGCCAGCCGAAGUCUUACCCUUUUGCAGUCAAAUCUCUUCAUCAUCCAGUCGAGCACAUUGAAACUUGGUCAUCGCCAUGCUUUGUCUGCCAAUGGAGUCAAUCAAGCCCUUGCCAAUUGCGAGUUUGAACUCGUGGCCCUGCAGCAAUUGAUGCUGAACCUUACGAGAGACGAGGGUUUGUCCGACAUGAAAGGGAUGAUUAGGAAGCAAAUGAUGAUAGCGAGGUAUCCAUUUGAUCAGAAGAAGUUGGUUCAACUUCAAGAUCAGCUUUCCAAAGCCAAUGCGAUUCUCAGCAGUUUCGUUCAAAGCUUUAACCUGUGA